GAAUGUCUCUUUAUUUAGAGCAGUGUCUGUGCUGCUGAUUGGCUGUAAGGAAUGCAGAGUUCAUUCUCAGGCUCCUCCUACCACUGAAAGGCUAGGAGAUUACUUGUUGCUGCCCUGAGGGAGUUGGGAGAGGGAAAGAAGUUCUCCUCAGGGCAGAAUCGGGGUCUCCUCCUCCUCCUCACUAUAGACUGCUAUGUCUAACCAGGAAUUUCAGUUCCAAGUGUCAGAGCAGGAGCAAGGUAAACCAGACACUCCAUUCUUCACAAAUUUAGAAAGAAAAGAAUUAAGUGAUAAUCUAUCAAGGAAAGAAGCUCCCAACACACCUCUUUCUAAUUCAAAUGCAAGUGGAGGAGGGUCAGAAAGCAAAUCCCCAAGUUAUUUUAUAGCCCUGGAUUUAUCUAUUGAAAAUCUGCAAGAAAGAACUCAGCAACUAAUUGAUAAGAUUAAUGAAAACCGUAAGGAAGACCAUGUGCUCAUGAACAGUUUCCGAGAAAGUCUUUUAAUGAAGGUUUCAAGCUUGGCCGAGAGGUUGGAGGAAAGGGUGUUCCCUGUUUAUGACCAUCAUAACAAGCUCAUUCAGGAUAAACUCCAAGAGCUUUCUGAGAUCAUGGAGAGGAUCAAACCGAUGGAAACUGAGCUCAAACAAGUCUGUCACACUGUGGAGAUGUUGUAUAAAGACCUGUGUGGUCAGUCUGAAUUGUGAUUGCACAGAGAGGUAAAAAGUAAAAAAAAAAAGGGAGAGGUUAAAGAGGGAAGAAUGUACGUAAAUAGAAGGGAAAAACUGGAUCCCAGUAUCAGGACCAAACUAGACAGGAUGCUUAUCAUGUAGUUUGGCACUAUGUAACUGAUUUUUGUUAGACAAAUAGCCAAAGUGGAGUGGGAGGCAGCCUGAGUGGGGCUAUGGAAUGGGUGUUUGGUGCCUUUUGGCCCUUUGCUCCUAUCACAGGCCCAACUGGAGUGGGGACCAUCCCACACAACUCUUAGUCACAAUGGCAGGACAACUAAUUGGUGUAAGGGGGGAUUCCUAUCAGGACACAUCAGGGACAAAGAGUUAAAGCCCCCCCCCCGGUCCAGCUCUGACAAACACAUACCCCAUUUAAUAAAAAUCAACUACACAAAACCAAAUUUUGUAAUAAACAUCACACCUAGUUAGGCGCUUAGUAAGCAAAUAGAAGCCAGUUUGGGGAAAAACUUUCAGUUGCAACCGGGCGUCCAGAUCAGUCCUAUUUAUAUAUAGCCUGCUAAAGGGCACAUAUUUGCAGCACUUUGUUGUUCAUUCUUUGCUUGCAUGCCUGAGUCAACUUCUUCCAAUGUAAAACCACAAUAAAUUUUUAAAUAUAUUAGC